ACCAAUACCAAAGUAGCACGACCAGCAGUAAUUUUGGUAGGAAUUCUGCAACAUCAAGGAGGUCUUUGAUACCCGGGGCAAAAACGUAUCAUCCAGCUUCUGUUGACCAGAUGUGUUGGCUAGGGCAGCAGCAGCACAAAAGGAGCUUGCAGGCCAUGAGCAAACGAAACCGAGACCGGGGCAGCGCAUCGGUUAUGCCGCAGAAGGAAGCCAAGUAGCACUAGUAUGUCAUGGUUGUACUUCAAGUACUAGUGUCACUACUUGCGACGCGCAACAAUAAAUACACGCCAAAGGGUGCUAUGGGUAUAAUGCGCAGUCUCCUAGACAGCAUGCUGAGCCGCGCUCGCCCGUGGCGAAUUUUUUCCAUUUUUCGUUCGCAGUGCUAUUUGUAUUCAGUACACAUGAAGAUUUCUAUGGUGCGGUACUAGCUUUUUUCUGUGUGAUAUCGGUCCUGCUAGACGACCAGCUUCGGAACAUGCCGCCGG